AAUAACGCUGAGGAUGGCGCGAGAGUUUAGGGCUGAUAUGAAUCGAUGCUUUUGGAAUAAAAUGAAUAAACACGUUAAUCAAAGAGACGGUUUAAGGAACGUUUAGAAAACUCGUCGAGUUAUCUGUACGUAAAUGUAAGUGUUAUGACGUAUUGUAGAGCGCGGUUGUUAAGGUCGCCGCGCUUAUGUCGUUUAUCUGCAAGUUCGUCGAUACCGUAGGAGCGCGUGCACUGGAAGCCGCGUGAAAGUGACAGGAGCUGGAUUUAAAGAUGCGUUAUUGUUUCGCCGUCACGUCAGUGUUAAAUAUCAGUAUAUAAUCCAGAAUCUCAUCUGGAGAUUCUCGCUUCUCUAACACUGUGAUAGGAUUGUGUUAUCAGUGCUAGGAGGCUACACUACACACAGCCCCAGCUAUGGAUCACACUACACCUGGUGACAGGUCACUUCCGGGAUGGAUGACCAAAGAACAUCACCAUGAUGAUGAUAAUGAUGUACAGUCUCGGUCACAGGGUAUCUACAAAAAGAAUGUCAUCGAGGAUGAUCUUCCCUAUCUGGAGUUUGGUGGUAGAGUUAUAUACAGUCAGGAGAAAAACGAUUGCUCAUUCUUAACAGAGGAUUUAAGAUCCUCUCUCAUGCCUGGCUCAGCCGUAGGCUUCGAUUUAGAAUGGCCUCCGUCUUUCACCAAAGGGAAAACUAAGAAGGUGGCUUUGGUUCAGCUUUGCGCCUCGGAGGAGAAAUGCUACCUUUUUCACAUCUCGUCCAUGUCAGGAUUCCCUCCUGGCCUAAAGAUGUUUCUGGAGGAUGAGAGCAUUAAAAAGGUUGGGGUGGGCGUCGAAGGUGAUAAGUGGAAGCUGCUGUCUGAUUACGAAAUUAAGCUGAAGAAUUUUGUAGAGCUGUCUGAUUUGGCAAAUGAGAAACUCAGAUGUGUUGAGAAAUGGAGCUUAGAUGGGCUGGUCAAGCACUUGUUCAGUAAACGGCUCUUUAAAGAAAAGGAUGUACGCUGUGGCCAGUGGGACGACUUUGUGCUGACCGAGGAACAGAAACGAUAUGCUGCAACAGAUGCCUAUGCUGGAUUUAUAGCAUAUCAAAAGCUAGAAAGAAUGGAGGUGAAUCCAGGUUCACUGAAACUUCAAGAAUGCUUGAAACAGAAGCUGGGUCAGAUUAGCCGAGAACUUGAGGACAUUAUUAGAUGUGUUCCUGAGGGACUCAGCUGUACAAGCAGAGCUGAAAAGCUAGUGGAGGACUUAUCUCAGCAAGUUGCAUCUCUAAAAGACUUCCUGACAGCCAACCACAACAUAAGAGAAGAACGUUUCUCUAACGCCAGCGCGGAUCACAAUCCUAAAAUCCAGAGUGCUGAGAUCAGCACCAUGAAUCCCGAACCUAAUCAGACGUGUUCUAAAGACAGAAACGGUCGUUUCUCAUCCAGAGACCCUGUAAAGCAUCCAUCGUCAUUAGAAAAUGAUGAUGUUCCGACAGAACAGAGGGAAUACAUCAUGUCCUUGGAUAUCUCUGAGUAUGAGCUUCAGAUGUUGGAGAUGCAGGCCAGACAGGAGGAGAAUGAGGAGCAAUCCAUUUUAGCUUUCGAGGCGAGGUCGGCAAUGGACGACUCUGCCGAGUUGUCAUACGAAUGUGAAAAUGAUGAGGAGCUCGACAGUGAAAUGAUUCAGUGUGCUGAAAAAAUGGAGAAACUAAAUGAUAGCUUUGAAAAGCAGCCUAAUAAAGCUGAGACCAUUGCUGAUGACGAAGAUGAGGUUGUUGAAGAGGACGAAGCAGAAGGAUUUGAUGUAAACCUUCCCCAGCCGGCUCCUGAACAGACAAAAUGCCUGAAAAUGUAUUUUGGACAUCACAGUUUUAAACCGGUACAAUGGAAAGUGAUUCAGUCCGUGCUUGAGCAGAAGAGGGAUAACCUUGUUGUCAUGGCAACUGGUUAUGGAAAGAGCUUGUGUUUCCAGUUUCCUCCUGUGUUCUGUGUGAACAUCAGCGUGGUCAUUUCCCCACUGAUCGCAUUAAUGGAGGACCAAGUGAUGCAGCUCCAGAUGUCCAACAUCCCUGCUUGUUUCCUUGGAUCGGCCCAGACCCAUAACUUAAAUGACGACUUACUGACGGGGCAUUUCAGAGUCGUAUACAUGACACCGGAAUUCUGCUCAGGAAACAUACCUCUACUUCAACAGCUGAAUAAAUCAGUCGGGAUUUGUCUGAUCGCAGUAGAUGAAGCACAUUGUAUUUCACAGUGGGGGCAUGACUUUAGAAGUGCUUAUCGAGACCUUGGCAAAUUAAAAAGAUGCCUUCCACAUGUUCCCAUUGUGGCACUCACAGCCACGGCGAGCCCCUCUAUUCGGGACGACAUAGUGAAGAGCCUCCAUUUGGUGAACCCGCUCGUCACUUGCACUUCUUUUGACCGGCCCAACCUGUAUCUGGACGUGAACCGCAAAUCUGGUGAUGUCAUUCAAGACCUCAAGUCGUUCCUUGUGAAGAAGAAAGGGGGUGAUUAUGAGUUUGAGGGCUCGGCUAUUAUUUACUGCCCAUCUAAGAAGGAAGCAGAGAGGGUGACAUCUGCUCUGUACAAGCUGGGCAUCCGCUGUGGAGUGUACCACGCAGGUCUCAGCAUCAAACGGAGAAAAGAGACGCAGUAUCAGUUCAUGAGAGAUGAGAUACAGUGUGUGGUGGCUACCAUAGCUUUUGGAAUGGGAAUCAACAAGCCUGAUAUUAGAAAAGUAAUUCAUUACGGAGCACCAAAGGAGAUGGAGUCUUACUAUCAAGAGUUCGGACGAGCCGGGAGAGACGGACUGCCCAGUUCCUGCCAUGUCCUCUGGACACAAAGUGACAUGGCACUCAACAGGUUUCUUCUCAGCCAGACGAGGAGUGAGCGAUUCAGGGGCUACAAAAUGGAAAUGAUGGCCAAGAUGGAGAAAUAUUUGAAUUCCACUAAGUGCAGAAGGAAGUUAAUCUUGUCACAUUUCGAGGAUAAACAGCUCAGAAAAGUCACUUCAGGUAUACUGGGAACCAGCAAGUGUUGCGACAACUGCAAGUCUGGGAGCGUUAAAAGCCAGAGCCAGGACUGUUCAGAGCAGGACUUUCAGGAGUUUGGCGUGUACGCAUUCCAACUGAUGGGGGCAGUGAAAGCGAUGGGAGAAAAAUUUGGCAUCACAGCUCCCGUACUACUCCUGCGUGGCUCGACUGCUCAGAGAGUUCCAGAGCGCUUUCGGCAAGACGCUUUGUUCGGCACAGGCAAGGGCAUGUCUGAAGCCUGGUGGAGGGCGCUCGGGCGGGAACUUAUCAGUGAGAAGUACCUAAUGGAAGCCUCUGGUUAUAAUAAGUUCAGCACACUCUGUAAACUCACUCCCAAGGGCAGGACGUGGCUAAGCAAAGCCCAGGAUGAGAAACACAGAACUCUCCUUCUUCAACCUAACCGGGAUCUGUGUCCAAGAGUUUAUGUGCCAAAGAAACAACAAUUUUCGAAUUCUGUUGUGGUUGGUGUUCGAGACCAGGCCCUACCAAGUACAAGUCAGAGAACAAAUUUCAGGUCCCAGGUGGACUCUAGUGCCGUGAUCAAGAAUGACAGAGUGGCACAUUAUAGGUCAGUUCCUGGUUCGCCACUUGCUCCCAAAGCCAUGCCUCAGCCUCCUGCAGUCUCUCCAAGAGAAAUGGAGUUACAGGCUGAGCUGUACAGCAAGCUGGUAGCUGAGCGGCAAAAGCUAGCCAGUAUGAAGGACAUCCCUCCUGCCAUCCUAGCCACCAACAAAAUCCUCCUGGACCUGGCCAAGCUAAGGCCCUGCUCUGUAGCCAAGUUGAAGCAGGUAGACGGUGUGUCAGAGGCUAAAGCAGCCAUGCUGGCUCCUCUACUCCAGACCAUCACAGACUUCUGCGAGACACACAGCCUGCAGGAGGCUGUAACUUGCAGCUCUUCAACUUCCUGUGAUGAACAGGCACACAGGUCACAGACAGGAAAACCACCAGCACAGUCUCUCUCUGACAGCGUGGCCAUAACUUAUAGGCUUUUCCAGAGUGAUUGCAAAAGCAUGAGACAAGUAGCAGAUGCUCGAAGCUUGCCCAUGGCAGUGGUGGAAUCUCAUUUGCUACAGGCUCAGAAAGCCGGCCAGCCUCUGGACACAGAGCGAGCCGGUCUGUCUUUGUCUCUGUUCAACACCGUCACACACAUCCUGUCCUCUCCUCCUCUCAGCUCAGAUCUCAGUGACUUCAAAAACAUUCGAGCUGUGGUGCCAGAGGACAUCAGCACUUUUCUCCUCAAGCUGUGUGUUGCUAAGCUACAGGAUGAAGGCUUUCCAAAGCCACAGCCUGUCAACCUGCCAUCCAAACAGCACCACAUCACCUGGAUAGAGCCUCAGGUUGGUGUUGGUGCCGGUGCCAAUGCUAAUCGUGUUGAAAAGCUCGACCAGGCAGAUGGUGCUGGUAAAGCCGUCACUUCAGAGCUCAGAACUCACCAGCUGGAACCAGAGCUGGACAAUAUGGACAAUAUGGACAUGAGCGACGAUGAGCUCUUUAGUGAACUUCCAAUGCCUGAGGAUGUAGGAACAACCAGAAGUGUUGCUCAGUGUGAGGUACAAGAUGGCCGGCCUUCUAAAAGCAGUGGAAUUGAACUGGCUUCCUGGAACCAAGAGAACCUGGACCGGGAUACUCAAGACCUGUUUAGUGAUUCACCGGUUAAGGCUGAAAGCCAGGCACCGAAGAGGAAGAUGCCUGACUGGGCAGAAGCACCGACGGACUCUCAAAAUGCCGCUGCAUCCAAAAAAAACAAAAAAAAGAAAGGGCUCUUCAUGUGACUUUCUGUACAGUGUUGCAAGUGUAUAUAGUUAAUUUAGUGUAUAGAGUUUUUUCCACACAUAACUAAGAUGCACUACAUCAAUUUCUUUUCUUUUUUAUCAGAAAAUACACAUUUGAAAAUUAUCUUCUGUUUAUAUUUUUCCUUAAUAAAUUGUUUUUUUAUGUCAAA